UCUUUUCCAAACUUGUUUUGCUUGGGUGACAUGAAGUCACGUGAAUAACUUUCAGACCUCUCUUCUUUCCCUUUCUCUCCUUUGUAAGGCCUUCACCAGCCUUUGAUCUGUCCCUUUAGCUUUGUUAUUCUUUAGCUAGCCUAUCCUACGUUGUCCAUCUUUACUGGACAACAGCUCUCUCUCCCUUAUGACUCCAGCCUAUCUGAACCCACCAUCUUCUCCAUGCCCUCUUGUAUAUCAAAGAGAAGAUGAUCAUCAACGUGACAUAAAACUCUCUAUCUCAACACAUAUUAUUCAAGCUUCAUCUUCUCUCUCAACAUCAUCAUGUCCUACUUUCUUUGACAGGGCCAAAGAUGAAAUAGGGAGUAUAUUUGAAGAUCAGUCACAAGAACAUGAUGAAAAGAAGUCUGUGGAGGAAGAUGGUAACAUUAAUCCCCAUAAAUUAUCCUCAUGUCAAAGGGAGGAAUAUGGAGAUCCAAGUAAAAAUACUGCUCAUGGUGGACCUGUACAGUACUCAUGUAUGUCCUCAAAGAUGAGGUGGAUGCAAAAAAUGAUGGACCCAAAUUGCCCAGCUACAAAUAAUAAGCCAGUGAGAUCAAUUAUCAAGAAGUCCCAAAAUAAUCUGCAGAAUGGUGAUUCAGAUCAACUAAGCUCACCGAAUUGCAGCAGCAACAGUACUUCCAACGCUCGGGUUUGCGCCGACUGUAACACCACCACCACCCCUCUUUGGAGGGGUGGCCCUAGAGGUCCUAAGGAUCCAGCCUGUUUGUUGAUGCAGUCACUUUGUAAUGCCUGUGGCAUUCGGCAGAGGAAGGCAAGACGAGCCAUGGCAGAAGCUGCAGCAGCGGCAGCUGCUGCAAAUGGCAUGGGAGUUGCUCCAGAUAUCUCGAAGAAGAAGAAGAAGAUCAGUAAGUUGCACAAGAAGGAAAAUAAAUCGGGUACAAAAAAUCUGCUUGCUGCACAUGAAUACAAGAAGUACUGCAAGUUGAAGUGCCCCUCUCACAGUGAGAUGAUGAGCGAGAGGAAGCAGCUUUCUUUCAAGGACUUAGCUCUAAAUUUGAGAAACAGUUCAGCUCUUGGACGAGUGUUUCCGCAGGACGAGGCAGAAGCAGCAAUCUUGCUAAUGGAACUAUCUUGUGGCGCCCUUGUUCACAGUUAAUUUAUAUUUUUUUUUUCCAUUACUUAAUUUCUUCUUGAUCAUCUAUUAGGAAGUUUAUUAUAAUUAUAAUCUGUUCUUAUGUGCGUGCAUGUAUGAAGAGAUCAUUAUCCUCUAAAGCUUUUUGUGAACCAAAAUGUCGGUUUGCUAUUAUAUAAAUGGUUAUCAACAAAAUCAGAAGAAUAAAAGGUUCAAAUCUAGAGUUUUUCAAA